UCAGGUGAUUAGCUAGCAAGUCAGGGUAAAGGGUCUGUUGUUUCACAGCUAAGGAAACUUUAAGAAGGUUUUUGCUGCCUAUGUUUUAGUAAAAAUACUUCUUGCGGGCGGCAAAAAUAUAUUGAAAAUGGCAGUCAAGGCUGAACCCUCUUUCUGUCUUGGAUCAUUAAACGUGUCAGUUACUCUGCAUGACACAAACCGCAAGCGACUGUGCAAGAGUUUAACAGAAAAAGGUGUUGGUGCCGGUGCAAUUAUUGUCCUCCAGGGCGGCGAAGAAACGAACAGAUACUGCACUGACACAGCCUUAGUUUUUAGACAGGAGUCAUAUUUCCACUGGACCUUUGGUGUGCUUGAGUCUGGUUUCUAUGGUGCUAUUGAUGUUGACAGCGGCAAAUCCAUUCUAUUUUGCCCAAAGCUUCCUGAAGAAUAUGCCAUAUGGAUGGGAGUAAUCUUACCAAAAAGUCAUUUCAAAGAAAAAUAUGCUGUAGAUGAAGUUCAUUAUGUGGAAGAAAUUGCAGAUGUCUUAGAGUCGAUGAAUCCGUCCAUGUUAUUAACAUUGAAUAAUGCCAGCGAUUAUAGUGGAAGCGACUUUGACAGCGAAAGUGAGGUAGACAGCAUAGUUUCUAGCACUAGGCCUGGGCCUAGCCCUUCAGAUGAAUAUGAUAGCUGUAGUGGUAGCGAUCAUGAUUUCACUGCAGGCCUGUGUGUACAGAGGGGUGUUAACACAGAUAGUGGAAGUACCUGCCAAGAAGCUGUCUUUGAAGGUGUUCACAAGUUUAAAGUGAACAAUACUUUACUCCAUCCGCAUAUAAUGGAAUGCCGAGUAAUUAAAACGCCACAAGAGCUUGAGAUCUUGCGUUACACAAAUAAAAUAAGCAGCGAGGCACACAUGGAGAUCAUGAGGAAGAUCCGUCCUGGAAUGAAAGAAUAUGAGAUGGAGAGCCUGUUUCAGCAUUAUUGCUACAGUAAAGGAGGUUGUAGACACACUUCGUACACCUGCAUUUGCGGAAGUGGAAAGAAUGGAGCUGUCCUUCAUUAUGGACAUGCUGGCGCCCCCAACGACAAAGUCAUCAAUGAUGGAGACAUGUGCUUAUUUGAUAUGGGUGGAGAAUAUUACUGCUAUGCAUCUGAUAUCACCUGCUCAUUUCCUGUGAAUGGGAAGUUCACCAAUAAUCAAAAGAUUAUCUACCAAGCAGUGUAUGAUGCCAGUAGAGCUGUUAUGAAAGAAGUCAAACCAGGUGCAUCAUGGGUGGAAAUGCACCGCUUGGCUGAGCGUACCAUUCUACUCGUUCUCAAGCAGCAUGGCCUUGUGCAAGGAGACCUAGAUGAAAUGGUGAAGGCCAACAUUGGAGCCCUUUUCAUGCCACAUGGUCUGGGGCAUUUUAUGGGCCUAGAUGUUCACGAUGUUGGUGGUUACCCAGAGGGUACUGAACGGAUGGAGAAGCCUGGACUUAAGAGCUUGCGUACUGUACGCCAUCUACAGGCUGGUAUGGUGUUGACAAUUGAACCAGGCUGUUACUUUAUUCAGUCGGUUUUGGAACAAGCAUUCAAUAAUGAAACACAGGCCCCAUUUCUCUGUCAGCAAGAACUCCAAAGAUUUAUGAAUUUUGGUGGGGUUCGUAUUGAGGAUGAUGUUGUUGUAACAUCUGAUGGUAUGGAGUUACUGACAUGUGUACCAAGGACCAUCAAUGACAUUGAGGCAUUCAUGGCCAAAGCAAGAGAAGCUGAAUAAAUCAUUCAAGGAUCAUCUGAAUAAAAAACAUUCAAACAUUAAUCGAACAUUUUUGCUGACUAUACAUAGUUUAUAUUACAUUAUAUACUGCAUACAUAGAUUCUAGGCAUCUGUGGUUAAGAAGCACUGGCAAUAGAGAGUACUACUACCGUAUUUGCCCUGUUGUGCAAUGUGCAACCUCGAGGCUUGAUAUGUAAUUAAUGACACGCACAAACGGUAAAGGAGGCACAACCUCAACGACGCUAAGUGAGAUUUGGCCCUUUUAUUGCCUAGGCUGUAAGCCUAGGGAGCCUACUUGGAUGUGUACUAUUUUCAUUACUUUCGUAGGUCUUGUAGAAUCUAUAUAUCAGGUAUAUAAAACAAAUAUUGACCGCUCUAGAUUCGGGGAACGGUUGAAAUCUAUAGCCCCACAUCACCUUUGGGCAAUAGAUUUCACCAUUCCCGACAUGAGCAGUCCAUAUUUGCAUAUUACCCUCUUGAUAAUAUACUUAUUAAAGAGUAAGACAUAUUCAAACAUUAAUCAAACAUUUUUAUGUCUGUAUUUAGAGUGUUUAUGUUAUUCCACACUCUUGAUAAUAUUAUGCUUACUACUUCUAUGUACAGUAGUACUAAAUGAUGAAAAAAAGAUGCCUGUACUUUAGAGUGUCUAUAUUAUGCCACACUCUUGAUAAUAUUAUGCUUUGCUACUUCUAUCUAAACGAUGAAAAAAAGAAGUAUCCAAGGAAUUGCAUGUCUGAGCACUAAUGAAAGAAUGGAUAUAUAUUGUCUGAUCAAGGGCUGCAGUAAAUACAUCACUGCUUUUAUAUAGCACGUGGCAGUCCAUAUACAGAAGAUCCUAGAGUUUUUGGUUUUUUUUUGUAUUCAAUUCAUGCCAAAACAUGGCUUGGAAGCCACUUCUAGGUAAGAGGCUACUUUUUAAAUAAUAUAUUUAUGCCAUGAAAUGCAUGUGCCUAAGGCUAAAACACAGCCACCAUUAACAAUGCAGUAUGGGGAGUAUCAAAGCAUGCUGGCCAACCUUUGACAUGGCUUGCAUGUACUGCCCAAUUUGACACACAAAAAAAUGAAUGAAGUUUAAAACUUUAGUAUUGUUACUGCAACUAUGAAAAAUGUUUUUCAGAUUUGUAAUAAAAUUACCUGAAAUUUUGCA